AUGCAGUCAGUGUGGUCAGACUCUUCAAGUACUUCAAGUUCUCCUCAAAGAUGUGAAAAAGCUUAUGAGGGAAGAGAAAAUAAUAAAUGUGAGUCAUCUACUAAAGGCUUUAGGCUUUACAGGCAUCUUCAAACAUAUCAAACAACCAAUAAUGAAGAGGCUCUCUAUGAAUGUAAUCAACAUGAUAAAGCCUUUAGAUCUGAUUGCUCUUUAGAAGUACACCAAAAAACUCAUUUGGAAGGAAAACCCUAUGAGUAUAAUCAAAGUUAUAAAGCAUUUGCAUAUCCCAGUCUUCAUCAUCAAGUACAUAGAAUUCAAACUAGAGAGAAAUGCUAUGAAUGUAAUCAGUGUAGUAAAGCCUUUGUACAGAAGAGUGAUCUACACAGACAUGAAAGAAUUCAUACUGGAGAGAAACCCUAUGUGUGUAAACUAUGUGGUAAAGCCUUUCACAAAAAAACUAAUCUUCUAAGUCAUGAAAAAAUUCAUACUGGAGAGAAAUCAUUUGAAUGUAAUCAAUGUGGUAAAGCCUUUGUACAGAAGAGUGAUCUACACAGACAUGAAAGAAUUCAUGUUGGAGAAAAACCAUAUGAAUAUAAUCAAUGUAAGAAAGCCUUUGCAGAGAAGGGAAAUCUUCACAGUCAUGAAAGAAUUCACAUUAGAGAGCAUUCCUAUGCAUGUAAUCAAUGUGGUAAAGCCUUUGCACAGAAGAGUAGUCUUCAGAGUCAUGUAAGAAUUCAUACUGUGUGACCCAGUUCUUCCUUACUACCAUGUUGGUUCUGAGGACCACACCAGGUCCAUCAGUCUUGGCUGCAAGCACUUCUACCUGGUGAGCCAUGCCAUGAUGAACACUGAGUCCUGACAUUUUAUGUUAAUCAAUGAUUUUUGUUUGUUUGUUUGUUUGUCUU